AGUUUCACAUUCUUUAACCACUUCCCAGGUCUUUCUUGGUAAACGCUCAGUUUCCAGGCUGUAUUGUCUCGUUUUUAAGGCCAGGCUAGGACAGGGGUCACCUGCUGGAAUGAGCUGGGAGCCCUCUCGGAGGCAGGGCCACCUUGAAUAAAUCCUCUCGAUGCCUGCUAGCUGCCGAAACUUUGAGAAAUCUGCUGAUAUCUUAUUGGGGAUCACUUGCAUGUACAGACAGUCUGGAAAUGAGUGACUCAGACGAUGAUAGCCCCCAGCUUUCUGCCCACACCUUAGCAGCUCUCCAGGAGUUUUUUGCUGAGCAGAAGCAACACACAGAACCAAAUGGGGAUGGGAAAUACCACGUUGGGAUAAUAGAAGAAAACUGGCAGCUGAGCCAGUUCUGGUACAGUCAGGAAACAGCCUUGCGACUUGCACAGGAAGCAGUCACUGCAGCAGGGGACAAUGGCAGGAUAGCGUGUGUGAGCGCCCCCAGCGUCUACCAGGCCCUGCGAGAGCUGCACAGAGACGGUAUCUCUGCAUCCAUCUUUGAAUAUGACAGAAGGUUUGCCGUGUACGGGGAGGACUUUGUCUUCUAUGAUUACAACAACCCACUGGAUUUACCCAACAACAUCCCGGCACAUAGUUUCGACAUUGUAAUAGCAGAUCCUCCUUAUCUUUCUGAGGAAUGUCUCCAAAAGACUUCAGAAACCAUCAAGUACCUGACCCGGGGCAAGAUUCUUUUGUGCACAGGUGCCGUCAUGGAGGCGCCCGCAGCGCGGCUCCUGGGAGUGCGGAGAUGCGCCUUCAUCCCCAGACACACCCGCAAUUUGGCAAAUGAGUUUCGAUGUUAUGUGAACUACAAUUCUGGGCUGGAUGGUGACGGAAUGCAAUAAAGGACCCUGGUGACAUUUCCAUUUCCCUGUUUUCUUUUGAUUGAAAAUUUAUAAUCUCCCCCAUCCUGCUCCAAACCGGGGCUAUCUGGUUUCGUUUUCAAAAUAAAAGGUAGUUGAUUGUUUCUUUGA